AUGGCCAUGGCCACUCCACUCAAGCAUGACAAGUCUGCAAAAGAGGCUCAAUCCUUGAAGAGGUACUCGCUAUUCAAUAUAUGGGUGGUUUCACUUGCCAUGAAACUCCUAUUAAUGGUGGGGUACCACUCUACCGACUUUGAUGUACACCGAAAUUGGCUAGCCAUCACCAACAAGCUCCCACUAUCUCAAUGGUAUACAGAAAACACUUCACAAUGGACAUUAGACUACCCGCCAUUCUUUGCAUUUUUUGAGUGGGCAUUAUCGCAAUUUGUGCCGCCGGUAGUGGCCAAGGAUGGAUGUUUGGAUAUUGUGGAGACAGGUCAGUAUGGGUUGCCCACUGUAUAUUUCCAAAGAGCCACAGUCAUUUUGAGUGAGGUGGUCUUGUUUGUGGCUUUGCAGUGGAUAAUCGAUACUUCUUCCACGCAUGCACUUCGAAGACGAAUGUACGUUGCAACUGCCAGUCUCGCUUUGUCGCCAGGUUUGAUGUUGAUUGAUCAUAUACAUUUCCAAUACAAUGGGAUGAUGUAUGGGAUAUUGUUGCUUUGUUUGAACAGUGCUCGUUUGGAAAGGUAUUUAUUGUGUGGAUUUUGGUUUGCAGUUUUGCUUUGCUUCAAACAUAUCUACUUGUACUUGGCGCCAGCAGUAUUUGUGUUUUUACUACGUGCUUACUGUUUGAAGUUUAGUUGGAGCAAGAAACGCAAUGCCUUUGCCAACUUGGUCAGAAUCGUGCAGUGGGAAAAUACAGUCAAGCUUGGUGGUGUGGUGAUUUCCGUGUUUGCUGUUGCGUUUUUGCCAUUUUACAGCACCUUGCCACAAUUGGUGAACAGAUUAUUUCCAUUCAGUCGUGGUCUUACACAUGCCUAUUGGGCACCUAACAUGUGGGCUUUGUACUCCUUUUUCGAUAGAGUCUUGAUUCAAAUCUAUAAAAGGAUCCCGGUAUCGCGAUUUUUGCUAAGACGUGUGUUUCAAUUCAAUGAAGGUUUGUUGAGCCAAGAUGACUUGUUGCAAACAUCAACAAGAGGAAUAGUUGGUAACAUUGAGUUUUUCAUCCUUCCUGAAAUCACCCCAAAACUUACGUUUUUAUUGACCCUAUUUUACCAGGUAAUGGCCCUCAUUCCGUUAUUCUUUCAACCAACUUACCGCAGGUUCAUUGGAGCGAUGACAUUAUGUGGGUAUGCCUCGUUUCUAUUUGGGUGGCAUGUACAUGAAAAGGCCAUUUUGCUUGUUAUUUUCCCCUUGACCUUGAUUGUGUCUCGUGACAAGAGAUUGUUACCCGUAUACAACCUACUCGUUGCUUGUGGUUAUGGAUCAUUAUUCCCACUCAUUUACACCUGUAACGAAUGGUUGGUGAAGAUCCUUUACACAUUACUUUGGUACAUUAUUUUCUAUUUCAAUUUUAGAAAAGUUACCCGAGUACCGAAAAAGACAAGCGGGUCCAUAAUCGACAGAUUGGUUAAUUUGUAUGUCCUAAUUUUCAUCUUUGUCGUUUCAGUCACCAGUGUCACUGACAUGUUGCUGAACAUGUUUUCGAUUUUGAAGAAAUUCGAGUUCUUGAAUUUGAUGAUAUACAGUGUCUACUGCAGCAUAGGUGUGAUAAGCAGCUGGAACACUUUCUCGUGGCUCUAUUUUGUUGAUGAAGAGUUAUGGACUGAGGGUGAGUAA